UUUUAACAGUCACCCCAGCACUGUGUUGUUCCAGAAUAACAGUAGACAUCAGUUGCUGGUCUCUCGUCUGUGAUCAGUAACCAGGCUUCAGGAAGCCAGUGUUAUUCAGGAUGAACUGUGUGUAAUAGCAGACCAGAGACCAGACUCUUCUACUGUUAGGAAAUCACAGUGUAGUCUAUAGGUUACUCAGGCUUGUAUCUCAUUUUGGGUGUUAAUGGGCUACGGGUGUUUGCAUUUCAGCUGAAAAAAAAGGUGGACUCGAGCCAAACACAUUGUGGUGUUUCUGUGACAUCACCAGCUCCGCGCUGCAUCCGCGCGCUCUCUGUCUUCUUUCUUACGAUGUGGAGCUGCUGCGCUGCUAUUGGCUGGUCGAAACACCAUUUCAUUGAUUCUAAAUUCACACUUUGAGUGUGUCCUGGCGGUCGCGGAGGAUUUGCCAUCCAGACAUCUCCUCGGUGUAGCCCGGCUCUUUGUGGGAGCAGAGCUGAGGAGGCAGAAGGAGGCAGGAUCGGAAACAAUAGAGCUGAGGAGCCGCUGCGCUUUGUGCCUCAUUAGCGCUGCCGGAGCGCGCGCACAGCCACCACGCAAAGAUGCGGGGAUUUUAACGCACGCAUACACCUCGACUUACUGGAUUCUCUUUACCUUACUUUUGAAUUGUGAAAGAACCAAGGGUAGAUAUGAAUUCUGCCGAAGCAGCCGAGGAGGGACCAAACGACUCAGACACGGACGCCUUCUUUAAAACAGGAUCUUACAGGAGCGAAGGGAUAAAGGCCAAUGAUGUGUUACAUGUGCUGAAAGAUAAAGUGGCCUUUGUGUCAGGUGGCCGUGAUAAGAGAGGAGGGCCGAUUCUGACCUUCCCAGCUAGGAGUAAUCAUGACCGAAUAAAGCAGGAGGAUCUGAGGAGACUAGUCACAUACCUGUCCACUGUGCCCAGUGAGGAUGUGUGUAAGCGGGGUUUCACCGUGAUCAUUGAUAUGCGUGGCUCUAAGUGGGACCUGAUUAAGCCGUUAUUGAAGACCCUGCAGGAAGCGUUCCCGGCUGAGAUCUGCGUCGCCCUCAUCAUCAAACCUGACAACUUCUGGCAGAAGCAGAAGACCAACUUUGGCAGUGCCAAAUUCACCUUUGAGACUAGCAUGGUGUCAGUGGAGGGUCUGACCAAGCUUGUGGACCCAUCUCAGUUAACGGACGAUUUUGAGGGCUCUCUGGAAUACAAUCAUGAGGAGUGGAUUGAAUUGCGAGUGGCACUCGAAGAGUUCCUGGGCAGCGCUGUGCACCUCCUCUCACGGCUGGAGGAGCUGCAGGAGCAGCUGGCUAAGAAAGAGUUCCCAGUGGAUGUGGAGGGCUCACGCAAGCUUAUCGAGGAACACACACAGCUGAAGAAGAAGGUGAUGAAGGCUCCUGUGGAGGAGCUGGACCGAGAAGGCCAGAGGCUGCUGCAGUGCAUCCGCUCCAGUGAUGGUUACUCUGGCAGGAACUGCAUCUCAGGCAGUGCAGACUUUCAGAGUGUGGUGCCUAAAAUCGCCAGCCUGCUUGAUAAGCUGCAUAGCACCAGGCAGCAUCUGCACCAGAUGUGGCACAUGAGGAAACUGAAGUUGGAUCAGUGUUUUCAGCUGCGGCUUUUUGAGCAAGAUGCUGAGAAGAUGUUCGACUGGAUUAGUCACAAUAAAGAGCUGUUCCUGCAGAGCCACACUGAGAUCGGCGUGAGCUACCAGCACGCUGUGGAUCUCCAGACACAACACAACCACUUCGCCAUGAACUCCAUGAAUGCGUAUGUGAACAUAAAUCGGAUCAUGUCUGUGGCGUCGCGAUUGUCGGAGGCAGGUCACUAUGCGUCACAGCAGAUUAAACAGAUCAGUGCCCAACUCGAUCAAGAGUGGAAGAGUUUUGCCGCCGCUCUUGAUGAACGCAGCACCAUCCUUGCCAUGUCUGCAGUCUUCCACCAGAAAUCUGAACAGUUCCUCUCAGGUGUGGAGGCCUGGUGUAAAAUGUGUAGUGAGGGAGGUCUUCCUUCAGAGAUGCAGGAUUUGGAGCGAGCCAUUCACCACCACCAGACGCUGUAUGAACAGGUCACACAGGCUUACACAGAGGUGAGUCAGGACGGGAAGGCAUUGCUCGAUGUACUGCAGCGGCCAUUAAGUCCUGGGAACUCCGAGUCCCUGACUGCGACAGCGAACUACUCUAAAGCAGUGCACUGCAUCCUGGACGUGGUGCACGAGGUCCUGCAUCACCACCGACGCCUGGAAAGCAUCUGGCAGCAUCGUAAAGUGCGCCUGCACCAAAGACUACAGCUUUGUGUGUUCCAGCAGGAUGUGCAGCAGGUGAUGGACUGGAUAGAGAAUCAUGGCGAGGCUUUCCUGAGUAAACACACAGGAGUGGGAAAGUCUUUACACAGAGCCAGGGCCCUGCAGAAACGCCAUGACGAUUUUGAGGAGGUGGCACAGAACACCUACACUAAUGCUGACAAGCUCCUUGAGGCGGCCGAACAGCUGGCUCAGACGGGUGAGUGUGACCCGGAGGAAAUCUACAAGGCAGCACGGCACCUAGAAGUUAGGAUCCAGGACUUUGUGAGAAGGGUUGAGCAGCGGAAACUACUGCUGGACAUGUCUGUCUCCUUCCACACUCACACCAAAGAGCUAUGGACAUGGAUGGAGGAUCUGCAGAAGGAACUGUUAGAGGAGGUGUGCUCAGACUCGGUGGACUCUGUGCAAGAACUGAUCAAACAGUUUCAACAGCAGCAAGCCGCCACACUGGAGGCCACACUCAAUGUUAUUAAAGAGGGAGAGGACCUCAUUCAACAACUCAGAGACUCAGCGAUGAGCAGUAAUAAGAUGCCCCAUAACAGCUCUAUAGCUCACAUUGAGAGUGUGCUACAGCAGCUGGACGAGGCGCAGGGUCAGAUGGAGGAGCUCUUCCAUGAAAGAAAGAUUAAACUAGACAUCUUUCUUCAACUGCGCAUCUUUGAGCAGUACACCAUUGAGGUCACUGCAGAACUGGAUGCGUGGAAUGAGGACCUGGUACGGCAGAUUAGCGAAUUCAGUGCAGAGGAGCCCAGUCUGGUGGAACAGAGGCUCCAGCGGCACGCGGAUAGAAAACUGGCCAUGAACAACAUGACAUAUGAGGUCAUCCAGCAGGGCCAAGACCUACACCAGUACAUCAUGGAGGUCCAGGCUUCAGGCAUUGAGUUAACAGGGGAGAAGGAAGUAGAUUUGGCGACUCAGGUUCAGGAGCUGCUGGAGUUUCUUCAUGAGAAACAACAUGAACUGGACAUGAGUGCAGAGCAGACACAGAAACGGUUAGAGCAGUGUCUCCAACUACGCCAUCUGCAGGCUGAGGUUAAACAGGUGCUCAGUUGGAUCCGCAAUGGUGAGUCUAUGCUGAAUGCGAGCAUGGUUAAUGCCAGCUCGCUAUCCGAGGCUGAACAGUUACAACGAGAACACGAACAGUUCCAGCUUGCUAUAGAGUCCCUGUUCCAUGCAAACUCUCUGCAGAAGACCCAUCAGAGUGCGCUGCAGGUCCAGCAGAAGGCAGAAGUCAUGCUGCAGGCGGGCCACUAUGACCCUGACGCCAUCCGCACCUGUGCUGAAAAGGUGGCCAUGCAUUGGCAGCAGCUCAUGCUUAAAAUGGAGGACCGGCUCAAGCUAGUUAACGCUUCUGUGGCCUUCUACAAGACCUCUGAGCAGGUGUGCAGUGUGUUGGAGAGUUUGGAGCAGGAAUACCGACGGGAUGAGGACUGGUGUGGAGGUCAUGAUAAACUGGGCCCUUUAGCUGAGAGUGACCAUGUGUUUCCUCUCAUCAGCAAACAUCUGGAGCAGAAAGAGGCCUUCCUGAAGGCUUGUACUCUAGCCAGACGUAAUGCUGAAGUUUUCCUCAAGUACAUCCACCGCAACAACGUCAGCACCCCCGCCUCCUCCGGCAACACCCGCGGCUCUGAGCAGCAGGUCAAAGCAAUCCUCAAUGAGCUGUUGCAGAGGGAGAACAGAGUCCUGCACUUCUGGACCAUGAAGAAGCGCCGCUUGGACCAGUGCCAGCAAUAUGUGGUGUUUGAGCGCAGUGCCAAACAGGCGUUAGACUGGCUUCAGGAAGCAGGUGAAUAUUUCCUCUCCACUCACAACACUCUAGGAGACUCAGCUGAGAAAACUCAAGAGUUGCUGAAAGAGUAUGAGAACUUCUGUGUCCCUGCUAAGCAAACCAAGGAGAAGGUGAAGCUGCUGAUCCAGCUGGCUGACAACUUUGUGGAGAAGGGCCAUGUGCAUGUGACCGAGCUGAAGAAAUGGGUGAGCACGGUGGACAGGCGUUACCGAGACUUCUCUCAGCGUAUGGGCCAAUACCGCUGCAGCUUGGAGAAUACACUGGGCAUCAGCUCUGAGCAUAAUAAGGACCUGGAGUUAGAUAUCAUUCCAGCCAGCCUGACUGACCCAGAAGUCAAACUCCGUGAACCCAACCAUGAGGUCAAUGAGGAGAAAAGGAAGUCAGCCAGGAAGAAAGAAUUUAUUAUGGCAGAGUUGCUGCAAACUGAAAAAGCCUACGUUAGAGAUCUUCAUGAGUGCUUAGAGACGUACCUCUGGGAGAUGACUAGUGGUGUGGAGGAGAUCCCGCCAGGUAUCGCCAACAAAGAGCAUGUCAUCUUUGGAAACAUCCAGGAGAUUUACGACUUCCACAACAACAUUUUCUUGAAAGAGUUAAUCAAUUAUGAGCAGUUGCCCGAGGAUGUGGGCCAUUGCUUUGUCACAUGGGCGGAUAAAUUCCAGAUUUAUGUGACUUACUGUAAAAAUAAGCCAGACUCAAAUCAGCUUAUCUUGGAGCAAGCUGGAAGCUUUUUUGAUGAAAUCCAGCAGAGACACGGCCUGGCAAACUCCAUCUCCUCUUACCUUAUCAAGCCUGUACAGAGGAUCACCAAGUACCAGCUUCUCCUCAAGGAGCUGCUGAGCUGUUGUGAAGAGGGUAAAGGUGAGAUUAAGGAUGGGCUGGAGGUGAUGCUUGCUGUGCCGAAGAGAGCCAAUGACGCCAUGCACCUCAGCAUGCUAGAGGGUUUUGAUGAGAAUUUGGAUGUGCAGGGAGAGCUGAUCCUACAGGACACGUUCCAGGUGUGGGACCCCAAAUCUCUGAUACGGAAAGGACGAGACCGCCACCUCUUCCUCUUCGAGAUCUCCCUCGUCUUCAGCAAGGAGAUCAAAGACUCGGCUGGCCGUACUAAAUACGUCUACAAAAGCAAACUACUGACAUCUGAGUUGGGGGUGACAGAGCACAUAGAGGGCGACCCCUGUAAAUUUGCACUAUGGGCAGGACGGACACCUUCAUCUGACAACAAGACAGUCCUUAAGGCGUCCAGCAUCGAGGUGAAGCAGGAGUGGAUAAAGAACAUUCGGGAGGUUAUUCAGGAGAGGAUCAUUCACCUGAAGGGGGCACUAAAGGAGCCUAUACCGAUACCCAAAACCCCGGCCAAGCCACGCAACAACAGCAAGAGAGAAAUUGGAGAGGACGCUGACAGUCAGGGAGAUGGAAGCAGUCAGCCAGACACCAUCUCCAUUGCCUCUCGAACCUCUCAGAACACAGCAGACAGUGACAAGCUCUCGGGCGGGUGUGAGUUGACGGUGGUGCUGCAGGACUUUGUGGCGAGCUGUGUGUCUGAGCUCAGUGUGCAGACGGGCCAGACAGUGGAGCUGCUGGAGAGACCCAGUGAGCGGCCGGGCUGGUGUUUGGUGCGCACCACAGAUAAGAGCCCACCUCAGGAGGGUCUGGUGCCCAGCACAACGCUCUGCAUCUCCCAUUCCCGCAGCAGUGUUGAGAUGGACUGCUUCUUCCCUGCAGGCAAAGAGAACUACACAGUCAGUGGUCCGGAUGGAAAGACAGACUCAGUGGCGGCGCUGCAGCCCCAGGCUUCACUCGCUUCCCUCCAUAGCAAUUCCCCAGGACCCAAACGCUCUGGAAACACCCUGAAGAAGUGGCUCACAAGCCCCGUGCGCCGCCUCAGCCACGGCAGCAACAUCAAAAAGCUGCCCAGCAAGCAGAAGCAGAAGAGAGAUGGCCGCAAGAGCAUCGACCUGGGACCGCCCGAAAUGCAGGACGACAGUCUGGAGGAGAGGAUUAGGAAAGAUGGAACACUCUCCAAGUCAUCAGGAAUGCAGAGCGGAGGAGAGGAGGAACCGGAGGAUGACUCUCAUACUCCACUCCCUCCACCCAUGGAGAUCAUCAAAGACCCCUCCACUCAGGAGGAGAAGUCCUCUGCACUGCUCGCUUCGCGGCAGGGUUCCACCGAGGUCCCGAGUGCCGCAGAGCUAGUCAGUGCUAUAGAAAAACUGGUCAAAACUAAGAUGACUCUUGAUGGAGGCGCAUACACUGGUUUCAGCUCAGUGAACCCAGUGGAGCAGAGCCCGGCCCAGCCGAGGAAUCCCGAGCUAGAGCAGAAGGCCAAAGCACUACGUGGCCGCAUGUUUGUCCUGAAUGAGCUGAUACAGACAGAGAAGGAUUAUGUCAAAGAUUUAGGAAUCGUAGUAGAGGGUUUCAUGAAGAAGAUAGAAGAGAAAGGAGUCGCUGAGGACAUGAAAGGAAAGGACAAAAUUGUCUUUGGAAAUAUUCACCAAAUCUAUGACUGGCACAGAGACUUCUUUGUGGGGGAACUGGAAAAAUGUCUUGAUGAUCAUGAAAAACUACCAGAGCUCUUUAUCAAACAUGAGCGAAGGUUGCACAUGUAUGUUGUUUACUGCCAGAACAAACCCAAGUCAGAAUUCAUCGUGGCUGAAUAUGACUCGUACUUUGAGGCAGUUCAGCAAGAAGUGAACUGUAGACUUGGCAUCAGUGAUUUUCUCAUCAAGCCAAUUCAGCGAAUUACAAAAUAUCAACUGUUGUUAAAGGACUUCCUGAAAUACAGUAGCAAGGCAGGGUUGGACUGUCAGGACAUUGAGAAAGCAGUUGAUCUGAUGUCCCAGGUCCCUAAACUCUGCAAUGACAUGAUGAACCUUGGCAGACUACAAGGCUUUGAGGGAAAGCUGACGAGUCAGGGUAAACUCCUACAGCAGGAGACGUUCUUUGUGACAGAGCAGGACUCGGGUGUUCUGUCUCGCAGCAAAGAGCGCAGAGUUUUCCUCUUCGAGCAGAUCGUCAUCUUCAGUGAGCUUCUGCGUAAAGGCUCUUCAACACCUGGUUAUCAGUUCAAAAAGAGCAUCAAGGUGAGCUAUCUGGGUCUGGAGGAAAAUGUGGAUAACGACCCGUGUAAGUUUGUGCUGUCAUGUCGUGGCUCCUCUGAGAGGUUCACCCUACAGGCAGCGAACACAGACAUUAAGCAGGUCUGGGUGCAGCACAUCACUGAACUGCUGGAUGCCCAGAGCAACUUCCUGUCAGCUCUUCAGUCUCCUAUUGAGUAUCAGAAGGAGAAGGGCAGCUCUCACUCGCUCACGCGGAAUUCAGGAAGCAGCAGACCCAGUUCCACCGUGUCCAUCAGCCCGGAAAAAUCUGCCCUUUCAGGACGCAACUCCACCCCUGUGAAACUACCUACCUCCAACGGCAGUGCCUGCUUCGAGCCCCUCAAACAUUCAGACAGAUAUGAAAGCUCCAAGCAUGACGGACUUGGCUGUAAUGGCAUGUCCUCCUCCAUGAUGGUGACUCAGGACUACAGCGCACUGAAGGAGAAUGAGAUCUGCGUCACACACGGUGAGAUGGUACAGGUGCUGGCCACCAAUCAGCAGAACAUGUUCCUGGUGUACCGGCCUGCCAACAGCCAAUCCCCCGCUGCCGAGGGCUGGGUGCCCGGCAAUGUCCUCGGCCCUCCCCCUAAAACCAUCAUAGACACUGCUGCUCAUUCCAGCAUCAAGAAGUCUCUUUCGUGGAACACGCUCCGUGCCCGCAAACGUGCUGAGAAGGACAGUGGAGGGGGAAAAGGUGACUCAAAGCUUGAGAAUGGACUACGUAAGCCUAAGGACAUUCUCAGCAGCAAGGUCACUGUAAAAGAGUCUCACAGCUCCGAGGAAUCAGAAUGUGAGGAUGAACUAGACCCCAAAACUAGCAUGGAGUUACUGAAUCCCAAUUUCAUUCAAGAAGUUGCUCCUGAGUUCCUGAUCCCUCUGGCAGAUGUGACAUGUGCUCUCGGGGAAACUGUGGUCUUGUGUUGUAAAGUUUGUGGUCGCCCCAAACCCACCAUCACUCUAAAGGGUCCAGACCAGAGUCUAGUAGUGAACAACAACCGCUUCACCAUCAACAUCCGGGAAACAGGUGACAUUCUGUUAAAGAUCUGUAAUCUGAUGCCACAGGACACGGGCAUUUACACCUGCAUUGCCGUUAAUGACCACGGCACAGCUUCAUCCUCUGCUUCAAUUAAAGUACAAGGCAUCCCAGCAGCCCCAGCUCGACCCGUAGCCCAGGAGGCCAGCAGUACAGCAGUGGUGGUGCACUGGCUUCCCCCUGCUAGCUUGGGAAACUGUGCCAUAACCAGUUACACCGUGGAGUACAGACAAGAGGACUCCCUGGUGUGGCAGCAGUCAGUACGCUCCACAGCUGAUGUAUGUGUGAAGAUCGAGGAUCUGAUCCCAGGUGGACAUUACCAGUUCAGAGUAAGAGCCAGCAACCCCUGGGGCAUCAGUGCCCCCAGUGAGCCCUCCAACAUGGUCACUCUACCCAGCUGUGCUUCAACAUAUGAUGGAACUGGAAUCCAGUGGAAAGACAACUUUGAAUCAGCAUUUACAGAAAUCUGUGAAAUUGGAAGGGGCCGCUUCUCAGUGGUGAGGAAAUGUCUGCAAAAGGCCACUAAGAAGGAGGUAGCAGUGAAGUUUGUCAACAAGAAGAUGCAGAAGAAAGAGCAGGUGGCUCAUGAGGCAGAUAUCCUGAAACAUGUGCAGCAUCCUCAGCUGGUGGCUCUGACCGACACUUAUGAGUCACCAACAGCCUACAUACUCGUCUUAGAGCUGCUGGAGGGUGGGCGUCUGCUGGAUUACCUGGUGGCCCAUGAUGAGCUGAUGGAGGAGAAGGUGGCAUUCUUCAUUAAGGACACAGUGGAAGCCUUAAAGCACCUGCACACCUGCAAAGUGGCCCAUUUGGACCUGAAGCCUGAAAACCUAAUGGUCAACCUCCGCAUGCCUGUACCGUGUGUGAAGCUGAUAGACUUUGGUGACGCAGUGCAGAUAUCAGGGCACCGGUAUGUGCACCUCCUGCUGGGAAACCCUGAGUUUGCUGCUCCGGAGCUGAUCCAGGGCACGCCGGUGUCUUUCUCCACGGAUGUGUGGAGUGUUGGAGUGCUGGCCUAUGUCAUGCUGAGUGGAGUCUCUCCGUUUUUGGAUGAGAGUCUGGAAGAGACCUGUGUUAACAUCUGCAAACUGGACUUCUGCUUCCCAGAUGAGUAUUUCUGUGGUGUGAGUCAAGCAGCGAGGGAUUUCAUUGUCUCAACUCUGAACCAAGACACCAGGAAAAGGCCAAGCUCGACAGCAUGUUUGCAGCACCCGUGGGUGAGCGCUCACAGUGGAGAUUAUUCCAAAACUCCACUGGAUACGGCCAGGUUGGCGGCUUUUAUUGACAGACGCAAGCAGCUGCAUGAUGUCAGACCUGUCACUAAUAUUAAAGGCUUGGUCACUACCACUAUGGGACACACCAUAUGAGAAAGAGUGUGCUUUCUCAGAGAAAUACACACCGGAAGAGUGGGUUAUGUGUUGAAGAUUACCAGAACAAAAUGUCUUUUACUCUGUACAGACCUCUCAUGCCUGUGUCUAACAGGGAUUCACCAUUUUGGUCAAUCACAUCGCAAGGACCAUAAUUUUAACACCAUAAUUUUAGAAUGUGAUACCAGUUAGAACCAAUUCCUAGAAAACAACUGUAUGCUCUUGUUAGCUAAAAUCUGACAUCUUGUGGAUGGAUAAAACUAGAGGCAUUCCUGGUGUACUUCUGGAUUAAACAGUGCACCAAAGUAUUAAAGAACUCGGCUAAACUGAGAUCACUGUGGGUUUACAUUCGAAAUACUAUCGAUUUAAAACAAUCCUGGGCCAUAAAUUUACGGCGAUGCCACCUAGGUUAAUCUUUGAAUGUACAGUAAUAUAGAAUGCAGUUUAACACUGCUGUAAUUGAAGAGGUAUUUAGCAUUGUUUUCUAGAAAAAGGAUUGUAUGUAGAUAUAGGCAACAGAUAUUUUUACAAAUUCAAUAUGAGAAUAAUGGGAGUAUAUAGGAUAUUUAAAAGUUAGAAUUUUCAGCAUGACCGUUACUUAUGGUUAAAAAUACCACCACACAAUCAGUUUUAAAAUAUGUAGAUCAACAUUAGGUCAUUGUUAAACCUUUCAGCAUUUCUAUACAUAACUAGGGUAAAUAUCUUUGAUGCGUUUUAUUAUGCCUUUGGACAGGAAGUGGUGUGCUUCUUAAUAUUUUAAAAAUGAUUCCUGCUAAAUACCUUCAAAUCUGAAAGUGAUUAUUUGAUUUGGCUGAAUUAAUCAAACUUUAAGCCUUAAAUAUAUUUAUUCUGUUUUGACCAUGUCUGUUUAAUUUAAGUGACUGUUUUAAAAAUGGUGUUUUGUGUUGUAUUUGCUUGUACAAUUAUUUUAUUAUUUGUAGAUGUUAUUUAAAGUCUGAUUGUGCAGAAUCACUGCCCAGAACUGACGUGACAACAGAGUUCUGUCCAAAACAGCUGCUUUUUACAUCUUUACAGCAGCUAAGUCAGAAGGAAAACACUCAAACUUCAAAAUAUCCUAAAAUACCAAACUAUAAAUACAAAAAAAAAAAAAAAAAAAAUCAGCAAGUAAUCAUUGGUCAGUAUAUCUGUAUACAGUUACUUCAGAUUGACAGAUAUGUUUUGCACAUGCUGAACAUUUUUCAAAGGUUCCACCAAAGAAGUCACAGGCUUAAGGACAUCCUUAAUCCUUGAUUCAAAUCCUUGAAAAUCUUAAAUGUUGAGACUUGCGUGUUCAACUGCCAUUCCUGAAUGGAUCAAAUGAUUCUUUGGAAAACGCUAAACAACUAGAAAGAAUUAGUAAUAAGCAAAUAAGCAGGUUUAUCUUUUUUUUUUCCAUAUUAUUUUCAGUUUUUCUAAUAUGGCCUUGGGAGAAAAGCAUCACAGUUAUAAAUGGAGCUACAUAGCUACAGCAUGACCAGUGACUGCAACAAAGGAAUGACUCUUCUAAUCAAUGCAGACUCAGAGUCUUACUCUCUUUAUUAUUCUCUUUAAUUCACAAUAAACUACAUUCUGUGUGGUACGAUGCUUCAAUGUUUCACGUACAACAGGCUGUAACACUGGUGUAUCAUAGUGCUUGCUUUGUUGUUUAUAGGGCUAUUGUCUCCAAGAAUUACUUUGAUAGUACAGUGUUCGGAAAACAAUGAAAAUCUGUUUUUGUUGUUUUAGUCAUGUUAGCAUUGUUGUACAGAACUCGAAGUGUACAAUUUACAUAGAAUAAUAAAAAUGUUCUUUAAUCAGAUGGGCUGUUUGUUACUGGAUGUUUAAUAAACUGCUUGUUUAAUAAAUUG